AUGGCGAUGAACGCUGUGAACAAGAAGGUGGUGGCGUUCAUCAUGGGAGCCACCGGAUCGGGAAAAUCGAAGCUGUCUGUCAGCCUUGCCGCCCGCAUUGGAGGAGAGAUAAUCAACUCCGACAAGAUUCAGGUUUAUAGAGGGCUUGACGUUCUGGAUAACAAGAUUCCUGAAGUCGAGAUGCUUGGCGUGCCUCAUCAUUUGCUUGGGCAUGUUGGGAACCCCGAUGAAGAAUACACUGCCCGCGACUUUUGCUUCCAGGCCACGUCGAUGAUCGAGCGAAUCCUCAACUCCGGCACGGUUCCGAUCGUCGUCGGAGGGUCAAAUUGUUUCAUUGAAGCCCUGGUGGAGGACACUGACUUGAAGUUCAAGUCCAACUACCACGGCUGCUUCAUUUGGCUUGAUGUUUCUCCAAAUGUUUUGAACACUUUUGUGUUCAAAGGAGUUGACCAAAUGGUUAAUCAAGCAAAACAGAACAGCAAACCAGAAGAACACAGAGGGAAAGAGACGCAAACAGUAGAAGUGUUUACUGUUAGUGGUGCGUUUUUCCCUUUGUCUAAUGUCGCCUAUUUAUAG